UCCAGAGAUUUCUGCAAAACGGAGAGUGCUGCUAUGCAGAGACAACUGAAUCUACAAAGUCUAUUGAAUUAAAGAAGAAAAUUUAAAGUGGGUAUUGUCAAAGGGUUAAGAAGAUGUGGACGCUUAGCCUUCAAAUGGUUACCAUCUGUGUUUUCUUACAGGCACCUGGUUGUGUCACGUCAUGCUUCAUAGCAAGCUCAGUAGCUCACUGUGGUUUCCAGAACCUCCUCUGGGUUCCUCCACUGCCUCCCAACAUCACCUACUUGUCCCUGGAGAUGAACCGCAUCAGUGAGCUCAAUGCUACCUCCCUGUCAGGCCUCCCGGAGCUGCAGGUGUUGAACCUUGAGGGACAGAGAGGUUCACUUGUGAUCAGGAACAAUGCCUUCAGCAGACAGAAACAUCUGAGGAGGCUGAAUCUCGGCUUUAACGGAGGCCUUCAGCUGGAGCCGCUGGCCUUUGCAGGACUGUCCAGUUUGCAGGUUCUCACCCUAUAUUACUGCUCACUUAACGAGUCAGUACUGAAUGACACUUAUCUGGAGCCACUUUCAUCUCUGCAGACUCUGGACCUCUUUGGUAACCGGAUAAGGAGACUUCAGCCUUCAAUGUUCUUUGCAAAUAUGGCAAAUUUGACAGACUUGAAUCUCAAGUUGAACAAUAUUGACAAAAUUUGUGAGUCUGAUCUUGUUGGUUUUAAAGGAAAGCACUUCAAAGUCUUCAACCUAAAUAGUGUUCACCUUAAAACAAUGACAAAUAAGAAUUUUGACUGGCAGCAAUGUGGGAAUCCUUUCAGGGGAAUGUCCUUUGAGACACUUGACUUGUCCAGCAGUGGGAUGAGUGUGGGUAAUUUAAAACAGUUUUUCAGCUCUAUUGAGGGGACAAAGCUCUCUCAUCUUAUUCUCUCAGGGCAUAUAGGAAAAGGAUUUUCAUUUGAUAACCUCCCUGAUCCGGAUUACAGCACAUUUGAAGGUUUGAAGAACAGCUUACUCCUCUCUUUGGAUCUCUCUAAAAACAGAAUAUUUGCAUUGCAACAGGGGAUUUUUAGUUCUCUGAAAGAAGUUCAGGUCAUUGAUCUUUCCCACAACAAAGUGAAUAAGAUACGCACAAAAGCCUUUGAAGGCCUUCAGGGUAGUUUAAAAAUGCUCAACCUGUCACACAACCUGCUUGGGGAAAUCUUUUCUUACACAUUUGCCUCUCUGACAAACCUACAAGUGUUAGAUUUGUCUCACAAUCACAUUGGUGUUUUGGGUUAUAACUCAUUUAGUGGACUUCUCAACCUGAAACAUUUAAAUCUUACAGGAAACUCUCUCCAGGAUUUAGGUUUUCCUGCAUUUUUACCAAGUUUAGAUUAUCUCAUGCUGGAAGACAAUAAGCUGACAUCCUCUUCAGUGAACAGUGUCACUCAGCUUGCCGGUAACAUCACAUAUCUGAACAUUCAAGGCAACAGAUUAACAAACCUGGAGGAUGUUUACACCUUUGUGAACAAGCUGAAGCACCUUGAGUUUCUCUUUUUUGGUGGAAAUACAAUUAACUGGUGCACGGCGGGUAUGCAAAUUGGCCCUAAUGAUCUCAAACUUCUGGAUCUUCACAGCAGCUCCCUGCAGUCUAUUUGGGCUCAAGGCAAAUGCUUGGAUCUGUUUGACAACUUUGGAAAUGUGACCAUUCUCAAUUUGAGUUCCAACUCACUGCAGUCUCUUCCUCAAGGCAUCUUUAAGGGCCUAACUUCAGUGGUGCAGAUGGACCUCUCAUCCAAUGCCCUGACUUAUCUCCAGUCUGAUGUAUUACCCAAAAGUCUGAAAUCCCUCAACCUCGCAAAUAACUUCAUAGUCUUCCCAGAUCCUGCUGCUUUCCGUUCGCUCAGCUCUGUUGACCUCUCGAUGAACAGAUUCCACUGCAGUGCUGAUCUACAUAGCUUCCUGACUUGGUUGAAGCAGACCAAUGUGACGUUCUUGAGUCCUGUUAAGGAGCUUAGGUGUGAAUAUCCCUUGGGUUUUUUUAAGGUACCAAUCCUAGAUUACAUUGCUCAGAUAAAACACAAUGAGAGCUGCUGUAUGUAGAGUUUUAUUUUGUUGAAGACAUUGACGAGUAGCAUGUUAAAGUUAGUUAAAGUAGUGCAGUGAUAUUGUAUCCUCAUUUACUAUCCAAUAUUUAAAUGAAAUGUAUAUUUUUUGUGGUAACUUUGUUUAUACAUUACCUGUGGUAAUGCCUUACACACGUUAAGUACGCUUAGGUAGUAAGUUGCCACUUAGUUUGCUUAUAACUUGGGCUGGUUCUGGUGUCAUGUAUACACAUUUUCAAAUUUGGCUGUCAUUUUGCAUUGUUACCAUGCCAAAAUGAUUAGGGUUAGAAUAAAAGCACAGAAGAGGGUGUCAUUUUCUCACA